AUGAACGGGGGCGGUGGCCAACGCGGCACCUACGGCUCCGGCCCCCCAUCUGGUCUCCGGACAACUGGCGCGGGCCGCAAGACGACCGCGGCGUUUUGCACCAGCUGCGAGACCAAGCUCAGUCCAGAUGAAAUGCUGAUGGCCAACCAGACUGAGGGGCGAUGUGUGGCCUGUCAGCAGCUCGUAGAGGCCCAGUCCGCCUGCCGCGUGUGUCAUCUCCCCUGGAGUAGCAACACCCAGUGUGUGGUGGCGUGUGACGGGUGCGGGUUUUAUAUGCACGACAGCUGCGUGAAGAAGGGAGCCCUGCAAAAUAAGUCUGGCGCCCGAGUGUACACCUACUGCCCGCACUGCCCGCCGGCGCUUCCACCGCCAACCGCCGCCGCCAUCCCAGCUCAAGCUGGCGGGGCCGCCGCCUCCAAAGCAGCCGCUGCCGCCGAACGCAGCAGCCGCCAAAACGCCCUUGGCCCCCUCCCCAUCAGCGUUUCGUCAUCAAGGGCUGCUUCGGUCGGCGCCGGCGGAGGUAGAUCGCCGCCGGGGGGCGCCCGGGGGCCCAUCGCCGCCGUGAACGGUGGCGGCGGCGGCGGCGGCAUAUCGAUCGCCGCGCUGGCGGCGGCGAUGCCGCAGCCGGCGCACGCUGCGGCGAUGCAGCAGGUCGCUGCGCUGCUCCAGGGGCAGCUGCGGAUGCUGCAGACGCAGCAGCAUGCCUUAUUACGGCAGUACGACCAACAGCUUCGUGCAGUGACGCCGCUGCCGCCGCCGACGGCGUACUCGUUAUUCCAGCUGGAUAUGUUCCGGGUUUACCAGGAGGAGGGCUUCGAUAUCGAUCCCUUGGAGCUCCAACCCAUCAUUAACAACGCUUGGCUGCAGCUAACUCCGGACGAGCGUGCUGGGUACGACGCUCGUGCAGGACAGGAAAUGGCGAUGUGGACGAGCAGCGCGCAGCUCUACGUUCAGCUUUAUCACGAGUAUGAGACGUUGGCGGGCCAUGUGGGGUCCGUUCCCGACACCGGUCUCCUGCCCAAAUCGUUGCAGUCCAUGUUGCAGUCUGUACGGCAAAUGGCCCGGCUUGGCGGCGGCGGUGGCGCUGCGGCGGCGCCGUCGGGACCUGGGUCGGGAAGAGGUCCUGGGCGUCCACCGGGGGCAGCCUCGGGGGCUGCAGGCGCGGCAGCUGCGGCGGCAGCAGCAGGCCGCGGCGGCACCGGAGCCGCCACCGGCGGCGGCGGCAGCGGCAGCGGCAGCGGUGGCCGCGGCACGAAGCGUUCCACCCUGGACACCCUGGCUGGAGCUACAGCGCUGAUGGGGAUGAACCUUGGACCCGCGGGUCGAGGCGGGGCAGCAGUAGCAGCAGCAGCAGCAGCAGCAGGUGUGGAUGAUGACGACGACGACGACGAGGACUACGAGGCGGAGGGGGCGCAGCAUGGUAGCGCCAAAAGGGCUCGGAGGGCCAUUUCGCCGGCGACUGCGGCGGCGGCGCCGUCAUCAUCCCGUCCGCCGCCACGUAACACCCGGCUCCCUGCAGACCAGCUCCCCACUGGCAUUCAGGACUUACCCGCGCAGCUCAACGUGUCGUGCAAUGACGUUGCCGGUACGUUCAUCAUGGGCGGCAUCAAGGUCCUGUGCCAGUGCAAGGACUGUCGUGAGCUGCCCAGGUCGCAGCGCGAGUUCCACCCCACGCAUUGGGAACAGCACUGCGGCGCAGGGACGGCCAAGAAGUGGAAGGCGUCGGUAAAGAUUGAGCCGGGUGGUGCGCCCGAGGUGCCGCCGGGCGGUAACCCCAUGCAGAUCGGCAAGUGGUUCGACAUGCUGGGGGUGGAGUUCCGCCCCGCCAAGACUACAGGCGGUCCCCCGGUGUUGGAGUUCACGGGGGCCACCAUUCGGCGACUGGAGGCGGAGGGGACCGCGGCGCUUCGAGGCGCUGGCGGCAGCACUGGCAGACGCGGCGCCGCCAUCGGCGGCGACGAUGCCGUCUUUGGCGCCGGCGCCAAUGCUGCACCCGCCGCUGCCGCUGCCGCCGCCGGCACCUCCGCGAAACCCCCCCGUCCUGUGAGGGUGACGUGGGGUGGCAUUUGUGUUUCGUCGUACUGCGGAGUACAGCCUUUUCAACCGUCUGGGUCGGCGCGCGCCGCCGAUAGCCCCUUUAAUAGCAAUAUCAAUAUUGUUAUUAUUAACAUGUUAUUACUUCACUCGGCUGGUCGUCUGCAGAAGGGAAAGAAGCGCUCUGCUCCGCGAGCAGAGCACAUUCUUUUCCUGCUGCCGGCGGUGGCGCUGCGGGAGCUGUGGUGGAGCGUGUGUGUAUCGGCUGAGUUGGGCUGCAGCCCCUGUCCCGGCCUUGCCCUUGCCUACCGCCCUGCCGCGUCAUCUCCCCAUCGGCUGUACGAGCCCGUACGGGUCAAGUGGGCCGGGGACCGCUGCUGCUGCUGCGACAGCGAUUUGGACUACGACACGGACCGACUCGUGUCGUGCGACUGCUGCGGUAUCACCGUACAUCAGACCUGCUACGGCAUCAGGGAUGCGCCGGGUCUGGAUGACUUGUGGUUGUGUCGGUCCUCUGGGGGGCCCCUCAAGCCCACCACCCUGCCCGGGCUGUGGGUGCAUGUGACGUGUAUGCACUGGAUUGCGGAGGUCACGUGCAGAAACCCAGCACGCAUGGAGCCCGCUGACAACAUCCCGGGCAUCCAGCGGGAGCGGUGGGAGCUGCUGUGUUGCAUCUGCCGGCAGCGAAUGGGCGCCAAGCUUCAGUGCAAGGACUGCUACCAGGCCUUCCACCCGCUGUGCGGCCGCAUGGCGGGGCUGCACAUGGAGAUGCUACUUCAAACCGUACGGCGGCUUCACGACUCGGAGCGGCCCACCGCCAACGGCGCCGACGGCUCCCUCAACGGGUUGUGGAACGCGCAGCCGUACAGGCCCUGGCCUGCCGUACCCCUGCCGCAGGUCCCCAGCGGAUGUGCCCGGGCGGAGCCCCUGGAGCCCCUGGAGAGGGUAUCCCACGGAACCGGUAGCGGCUACACCACCGUUAAGGGCUUCUGGAUACCGGACAAACCAUCCGCUCAACCGCCAACCGCAACUGGAACUGAAACGGGGGAUCAUACAACCGUACGGGGGGAAUCUUCGGAGCAGCCGACAACGUCCGGGAGCUGCCUGCCCGGCGGCGGCGGCGGCCGGGGGGGGGGAGGCCGGGGACGCGGCCGGGGACGCGGACGCGGCCGCGGAGCCGCCGAGCUGCCCGUGGCGUGUUGCGGGCGGAGGGGGGUGCUGCUGCUGCGCACCCAGCAGGUGCUGUACGACGGAGUGAAGAUGCCGGCGGCCAACUUCGAGAAGAUGUGCGGCCGGGGCGACACGCGGAAGUGGAAGUCCAGCUUGUGGGUUUUGGACGAGAGCGGCGGCCCCCUGUGCCAGGUGGGGGAGCUGCUCGCCCGCCGGAAGGUGGACCGAAACACACUGACACGGCUCAUGGCCAAUGCGGUCCAGCACGAGGCCUUCAUGGAAUGGCAGCAGCAGCAGCAGCAGCAGCAGGUGCCGCCGCCGCUACUGCCGGCGGAGCACUCGGAGCGGCGGUGGGAUUCCGAGUCCGGGGCCGCUGCCGCUGCCGCUGACGUGGCCUCGGUGGCGGCGGAGGCAGUUGGCGGCCAGGGUGACGUCGUCAUGGCAGACGCAUCUAGAGGCGGGCGGGGAGGGGGAGAAGGAGGGGGAGCUGGCGGCGCGGCUUCUGACGACGGCAAGGGAGCGGAGGGGGGUUUCGGAGCGGAGCCGGGGACAGCAACCGCGACGGCGGCGGCGGUGGGUGACAGAGAUGUGAUGGAUUCAACGACGGCGCCGAGGGCAUCGCCGCAGGCCAUUACGGCGGCGGACGACAGGACAGACGCACAGCCGAUGGUUGACGCCGGCAGCGGGGACAGCGGCUCCCGUGAAGUCACUCCUAUGCCGUACGCCGCAGCGCUGCCGUCGCGACCUGCUGACGCGUACGACGCGGGGACUGGACGCCACUUUUUAUGGUACCACGCGGACGAGGCGACAGAGUGGAUUGACCUCAGCGCGGAGGAGCGGGAGGGCCGAGUGCAGUGGCUGCCGUACAACACGGACCCAGAGGACUGGCCGCCGCCGCCGCCGCCACCACCUCCGCCACCGCUCCCGCCACCGCCGAGGCCAUCGGCGGUGGGCCGCGGCAUCGGCGGUGGCGGCGGCGGCGUCGGAAGGUCGGCCGCCAGCGGGACUCGCGCCGCGACGCCCGCUCCCGCCACAUCUGCGGCAGCAUCGCCGGCGCUGACGGCGUACGGCAUGGAGGUGCAGGCGUACGACGAGGCCGCUAGUACCCAUGCCGUUGAGCUAGAGACCGGCGCUGCUGACGUGUUGAAGCUGUCGCAGCUGGCGGUGAAAUGGCUCGCGUGCGGCGAGGCGGCGCGUCAGGCGCACGACAGGUUGGUGGCGGCGCACAGGGACCGUCGCGAGGCGGAGGAGGCAGCGGCGGCCGCCGCCGCCGCGGCGGUGGCGGAGCGGCGGCGCAACGCGCCCGCGGAGAUCCCCGUUGUGUGCAACGGAGUCGUCGGAAGCUUCUUGGUGCACAGCGGCUUGGUUCGUACGGCAGACGGCAGGUCCGUCUCGCCGACGGAGUUCGAGAGGUCUGCGGGCAAGGCGGCAUCUAAGAAGUGGAAGCUCACGCAAGCUAUUGCCAACCUGGAUGCCCUGAGAAGGCGCCACGGACUGGCGAGGGGCCGCCCGCCGCCGGCGGCGGCACCAGUGGCGGCAGCCAAGGCCGCGGUGGCGGCGGCCACUGGCGGCGCAUCCUCCGGCGGCGAGGAGGCAGCUGAGCUGUCAGGUGGCGGCGGCGGCCGUGGCGGCAGCGGCGGCGGCGGCCCCUCCUUCAGUGGCCCCCCUGGUGCCGCCGGCUCCACCCGGGUUGCCGGGGGGGGAAGUCGUACUGCCUCGUCCCAGCGGCUGGUACGGGGCCCUAUGCGGCACGGCUAUUGGACGAUGCCGUACAGUCGCUGCUACACACCGGAGGAGUACGCGGCGCUGAAGGCGGCGGAGGCGGAGGCGGAGGCAGAGGCGGAGGCGGAACGCGAGCGGGAGGUACGGCAGCGCGAGGCGGCACGGGAGUUGGCGGCGCGCGCCGUGGCCAAGGGCGCCGAGGCCAUGGCGGCGGCGGCGGCGGCGGCGGCAGCUGCUGCAGCCGCCACCGCGGCGGCCACUGUGGCGGCGGAAGCUCCCGGAAUAGACUCACGUGAAGGACUGGAGAUCAAGAACGAGCCGUACGAUUCCGUACAUAUGGGCCCUUUGCAAGAUCCGGCGCUCCUGGAUGUGAAGGUGCAGCCGCCUGAGGGGUCUGUUGCUGGCACGGGGAGCUGUACGGCAACCACCACGGGAAUAUCCGCGCCGUUGCGGGCGGGUUGGGUUCCGACGGCCCGCCUCAUAUGGCCGUUCGGUACGGCGGCCGCAGAUAUCGAUCCGGCUGUAGCAGCAGCUGCUCCUGCCGCCGCUGCUGCCGCCGCGGCAGCGGCAGCUGCAGCGCCGUCGGCGGUGGGUCUCGCUCCGAAUCCAGUUACCUUCACAUCCCGGAGGGUCUGGGCUGCGGUGACGGCGGCGGCACCAGCUGUCGUGGCGUGUGGCGGUGCCGGUGCCGCCGCUGCGGCCGCCGCCACUGCCGCUGACUACGGUGCGGAGGUCGGGGAUACCUCCGCUGCCGCGACGGCGACACCACCUGCUUUGCCUGACACCCCGGUUGCGGGCAGACCCCCUGUCGCCACCAUCAGCCAGGCAGUGGUUGGCGCUCCGGUGGCGUUGUUGAGCGGCGCCGCCAGUGUCGUACAUACCCGGGAUGCGAGUGACAUGGACAGCGAGGAGGGGGUGAAGGGGGAGGGGGGAGAUAACCAACAGCAACCGCAACCGCAACCGCAACCGCAACAGGCAGCAGAUGCUUCACCAGCCGCGGCGGACACUGAAAUGGAGGUUGUGGCGGUUCAGCCCGGAGGCAAGAGCAGCAAGGAGGAGGAUCCGCCCACCACCGCGGAUGGUGGGACACCCCACAAGCGCCGCAAAAAGGCAGUUCGGUGGGAGGCGCGGCUGGCGGCGGCGCUCAGGUCCGAGCCGUCCCGCAUCACAUUUGGCAAGUCGGGCAUCCACGGCUGGGGAAUAUUCGCCCGUACGGAUAUUCCACAGGACGCAAUUGUCACGGAGUUCCGUGGUGAGGCGGUGCGGCCCGUGGUGGCGGAUUUGAGGGAGCGGAGGUACAAGGCGCAGGGUCGCGACUGCUUCCUGUUCCACAUGAACGGGGAGGUGGUUCUGGACAGCACCCAUCUUGGCCACUACGGCCGCUUCACCAACCACUCGUGUAGCCCCUCCCUCUACACGAAGGUGCUCGAGUUCGAGGGCGGGCGAGUGCGGCUUGUGUUUUGUGCCCGUACGGACAUCCGUGCUGGUCAGGAGCUCACAUUCGACUACCGCUUCAAGGAGGAAGACCAUCCCGAGGCCAAGGUGCCGUGUCGCUGCGGGGCACCUAACUGCCGGGGAACUCUCAACUAA